AUGAAGCUGAAUGAGCGCAGCCUGGCCUUCUAUGCCACCUGCGACGCCCCUGUGGACAACGCGGGCUUCCUGUGCAAGAGGGGCGGCCGGCACGCCGCCUACCAGCGCCGCUGGUUCGUGCUGCGUGGCAACAUGCUCUUCUACUUCGAGGAGCCGGCCAGCCGCGAGCCCGUGGGCGUCAUCAUCCUGGAGGGCUGCACGGUGGAGCUGGUGGAGGCCACCGAGGAGUUCGCCUUCGCCGUGCGCUUCGUGGGCUCGCGGGCACGCACCUACGUGCUGGCCGCCGACAGCCAGGCGGCCAUGGAGGGCUGGGUGAAGGCCCUGUCCCGGGCCUCCUUCCACUACCUGCGGCUGGUGGUGCGGGAGCUGGAGCAGCAGCUGGCGGCCAUGCGUGCCGGGGGGGCCUGCCCACCGCCCUGCCGGCCACGCGCCCUGCUGCCCAAGGAGAACGGCUGUGCCGUCUGGAACGCCGAGCCGCCCGCGGCCUCCGGUGCCGGCCACCAGCCUGGCCCUGACCCCCCGCCGCUGCCGCCCCGCCGCCGGGCCCCCGCCUUCAGUGGUGCACUGGACAGGGCUCCCUUCGCCCAGCUGCAUGCGCACUAUGGGGAGGAGGUCAGGGCGUUGCGGGCCCAGUGGUCACGGGGCCAGGCCCGGCCCUGA